CUUGCUGAUUUUCUAUGACCCAGUGGGCGGAGUGCUCUCCCUGUAGCGAGACUAAACGCUCCCCUAUCUACCAGGGUACCUGCAUCCCCUCGCUGCAUUUUAGGAUCAAGGAACCACAGUUUACAAUAAUGGGCGUAGAGGUUGAAACAAUAUCUCCAGGAGAUGGAAGAACCUUUCCAAAGAAGGGACAGACAUGUGUAGUGCAUUACAUAGGAAUGCUGCAGAAUGGAAAGAAGUUUGACUCCUCACGAGACAGAAACAAGCCCUUCAAAUUCAAGAUUGGUCGACAAGAGGUUAUUAAAGGGUGGGAGGAAGGAGUUGCACAGAUGAGCCUGGGCCAGCGGGCAAAAAUUACCUGCACUCCAGAUAUGGCAUAUGGAGCCACAGGGCACCCUGGGGUCAUCCCUCCUAAUGCCACCCUUAUAUUUGAUGUGGAGCUGCUAAAGCUGGAGUGAUCAGCUUGAGGAGAAGAGGAAACUCUAGCCCCUGUCCCACCAAGGAAACGUUUCCCAUGAAUUUAGCAUCUUCUACUACACACUUGACAUAUUCUCUGCUUCACUGCCAACCUAUGUUAUUUACCAUGUAGCUCGUUUAAAACCUUUCCAAAACAUCAGCCCUAGUUUGUCAUAAGCAAUGCUAUGUUCUCAUAUUAGGUUCUAAUUCCUUUGAAAAUGACAUGGAAACAUCAACUUUACCACAACCUAUAUAUUUGGAUCGAAACCACUGCCUUACAGUAUUUGAAGUGGAGGUGGGGUGUAAAGUAGAUGACAAUUCUAUAUUAUGAGGGGCAUUAAAACAACCACUGUCUGCAUUGCCACUUUUGAUAAAAAUUUGUCCUGCUGAAUACAUAUGAAACAAUAAUGUUGCUGUACUUAGUAUAUUUUAUAUGUAUCCCUUAUAAACAAUUGCUGCAAGUAUCAUAUGAGUUCACAAAAUUUUGCCUAUGCCUGGAACAAACGGAGUACUGUACGAUAGAGUGCUUUGGCUUCUAUGGACAUUUUAUCAAUCAACUCUUAAUAAAUAUAAUAUUUGGAGCUC